AUGACUACCAUUCAAGCACCCGUGGCCCAGGCGGUCACUGUGAGUCUCAAGGAACUGGAAGAGGGAACCGUCUCCUUCGACACCCUCACCGAGGCCUUUGGUCCCGCCUCCCUCGGCAUCAUCAUCGUGAAAGACCUGCCCCAGCACUUUGUCCAACUCCGUGCCCAGGUCCUCUCGCAUGCAAGCUAUCUCGCAGCCCUUCCCAAGUCCGAUCUAGAAUCCCUCGAAAGCCCUGAGUCAAACUACCUCGUCGGCUGGUCCUGCGGCAAAGAAACUCUCAAAUCAGGAACCUUCGACACCCUCAAGGGCUCCUACUACGUCAACUGCGCCUUCUACCAGGACGCCGCCCUCCAAAAUGCCCCCGCAGACGGCUUCCCCGAUCUACCCCAGUACACGGCCCCAAACAUCUGGCCGCCAGAGCGCAAGUUGCCCAGUUUCAGGCCCAGUGUGGAAGCACUCUGCUCGCUGAUCAUUGAUACUGCUGCGCUGGUGGCCAAGGCGUGUGAUCGCUACGCCGAGGCGAAUAUCGAGGGUUACAAGCCGGGGUAUCUGGCGCAUGUUGUCAAGACUAGUCUGACGACUAAGGCGCGUUUGCUGCAUUACUUCCCUGCGGAUGAAUCCAAAACCAACUCUUCCUCCCCCGAAGACGACGACUGGUGCGCCACACACGUCGACCACGGCUGUCUAACAGGCCUCACAUCAGCAAUGUUCCUCGACGAAGCAUCCACCCUCCCCAUCCCCGAUCCCACCCCAACAACCUCCCUCCCCGAACUAGCCCAAUCCCCCGACCCAUCCGCCGGUCUAUACAUCCGCUCGCGCACGGGCGAGAUUGUCAAAGUGAAUAUCCCCAAGGAUUGCCUGGCUUUCCAGACUGGUGAAGCCUUGCAGUUGAUUACGCGGGGCAAGUUCAGGGCGGUGCCGCAUUUUGUCAAGGGGGCUAGGUGUGUGGGUGGGAAGCAGAAGAUUGCGAGGAAUACGUUGGCGGUGUUUACGCAGCCGAAUCUGGGGGAGGAGGUGCAGGAGGGUUUGACUUUUGCGGAGUUUGCGAGGGGGGUUGUUGCGAAGAAUUACUAA